GGAGAAAAAUGAACACUGUAGAAGUUCUGAACGCGCUUAACGCUGGAGAGGAAACGACAGUGGAACCCGCGGACACACCUGAAGUGCUUGUCCAGGCCGCAGAACCGGCUCUGGUCCAACCCGCAGAGGUUCCUCAGGACCAGGUCACGGAUUCUGUGAGUCAUUCUGAGGAGAAGAUGCAGAAGCUUGCGGUGUCCAAUUUUCAGCUGCAGGAGAGAGUGAGGGAGCUGGAGGAACUGCUCUGUGAGGCACAGAAGAGUUCCAUGGCGAAACUUGAGGAGAAACACCAGAUGGAGAAGGCGAACCUGACCAACCAGGUGGCGAAACUGCGAGAAACAGUGCAGAAGAUGGGGAACAUGCUCACUGAGACUCACAGGGAGUGUGAAGCGCUAACAGACCAGUUUGAGCGAAAGUGGGAGGCUCACAUCGUCCUCCAGAAGGAGAACGAUGAGAUGAAGGAGACUCUGAUGCCCAAGGAGGAGUUACUAACGGUCUCAUUGGCUGAAGCUCAGGAGAAACCCCAGAAGGCUGAGGAGACCAUUGCUCAGCUGGAGGUGGAGAAGGCGAACCUGACCAACCAAGUGAAGACACUCAGAGGAACAGUGCAGAACUUGGGGAACAUGCUCACUGAGACUCACCGGGAGUGUGAUGAGCUAACAGACGAGUAUGAUUGUGAAUGGGAGGCUCAUAUCAUCCUCAGGACAGUGAACAAUGAGAUGAAGGAGACUCUGAUGCACAAGGAGGAGUUACUAAAGAAGCUCCAGAUGAAGAAAGAUAAGAUGAAGAAGCGUCUGACACACAUAACGGAGUUCAUGAAGCGCUCCCUGGCUAAAGUUGAGGAGAAACACCAGAACGCUAUGGAGACCAUUGCUCAGCUGGAGGUGGAGAAGGCGAUCCUGAAACACCAGGUGGAGACACUGCAAAACACAGUGCAGAGCAUGGGGAACAUGCUCGCCGAGACUCAUAGGGAGUGUGACGAGCUAACGAACGUGUAUGAGCGAGAGCAAGAGGCUAACAGCAUCCUCGAGGCAGUGAACGAUGAGAUGAAAGAGACUCUGAUGCGCUCCCUGGCUAAAGUUGAGGAGAAACACCAGAACGCUAUGGAGACCAUUGUUCAGCUGGUGGUGGAGCAGACAAACCUGAAACACCAGGUGGAGACACUGCAAAGCACAGUGCAGAGCAUGGGGAACAUGCUCGCUGAGAGUCACAGGGAGUGUGACGAGCUAACGAACGUGUAUGAGCGAAAGCGGGAGGCUCACAUCGUCCUCCAGAAGGAGAACGAUGAGAUGAAGGAGACUCUGAUGCACAAGGAGGAGUUACUAACGGUCUCAUUGGCUGAAGCUCAGGAGAAACCCCAGAAGGCUGAGGAGACCAUUGCUCAGCUGGAGGUGGAGAAGGCGAACCUGACCAACCAAGUGAAGACACUCAGAGGAACAGUGCAGAACUUGGGGAACAUGCUCACUGAGACUCACCGGGAGUGUGAUGAGCUAACAGACGAGUAUGAUUGUGAAUGGGAGGCUCACAUCAUCCUCAGGACAGUGAACAAUGAGAUGAAGGAGACUCUGAUGCACAAGGAGGAGUUACUAAAGAAGCUCCAGAUGAAGAAAGAUAAGAUGAAGAAGCGUCUGACACACAUAACGGAGUUCAUGAAGCGCUCCCUGGCUAAAGUUGAGGAGAAACACCAGAACGCUAUGGAGACCAUUGUUCAGCUGGUGGUGGAGAAGGCGGACCUAAAACACCAGGUGGAGACACUGCAAAACACAGUGCAGAACAUGAGGAACAUGCUCGCCGAGACUCAUAGGGAGUGUGACGAGCUAACGAACGUGUAUGAGCGAAAGCAUGAGGCUAACAGCAUCUUCGAGGCAGUGAACGAUGAGAUGAAAGAGACUCUGAUGCGCUCCCUGGUUGAAGUUGAGGAGAAACACCAGAACGCUAUGGAGACCAUUGUUCAGCUGGUGGUGGAGCAGACAAACCUGAAACACCAGGUGGAGACACUGCAAAGCACAGUGCAGAGCAUGGGGAACAUGCUCGCUGAGAGUCACAGGGAGUGUGACGCGCUAACGAACGAGUAUGAGCGAGAGCAUGAGGCUAACAGCAUCCUCGAGGCAGUGAACGAUGAGAUGAAAGAGACUCUGAUGCGCUCCCUGGCUAAAGUUGAGGAGAAACACCAGAACGCUAUGGAGACCAUUGCUCAGCUGGAGGUGGAGAAGGCGAACCUGAAACACCAGGUGGAGACACUGCAAAGCACAGUGCAGAGCAUGGGGAACAUGCUUGCUGGGACUUCAAGGGAGUGUGACGAGCUAACGAUCGACUAUGAGCGAGAGCAGGAGGCUAACAGCAUCCUCGAGGCAGUGAACGAUGAGAUGAAAGAGACUGUGAUGGAGCUUGAGAUGAAGAACAAUGAGAUGAUGGAGACUCUGAUGGAAAAAGAGGAAUUAUUGAAGACUCCCUGGCAGAAACUGAGGAGCAACACCAGCAGGCUGUUUAAGAGGCGGAGGCAGAGAACUACAUCCUGACUACUCAAAUGAAGAUCCUGAUACAGCGGGGGGAAAUAAGUAUUGGACGCAUCAACUUUUUGUUCAGUAAAUAUAUUUCCAAUGAUGCUAUUCACGUGAAUAUUUUCACCAGACAUCAGUAUUUACUCAAGAAAUGAAUUCACAACAUUAAAAAGAAUUCACAACAAAGUCAUAAAUAAAGUUAUGUGUAAUAACAGGAAUGACACGGGGAAAAAAGUAUUGAACACACUAAGGAAAAGCAUUUCUCCAAGGCAAGGAACUGUCACGAUCUCCCCUUCUGGCAGGACGCUCGGAGAGAUGAGAGGGCGCGCGCAUGCACGAGCUACGUGCACGAGUGCUCAGCGAGCGCAUGCUCUUCGAUUGUUGACAACGGUGAUAUUGUUUACUGUGGACACGUGCCUUUGUUUUGUUUCUGUUCUGUCUCCUCCCUGUUCUGUCAUUGGUUGUGGUUCGAGGGUGUGUCUUCAGUGUUUCCAGCUGUCACCACUCAACGCUGAUUAUAACUGCUAUAUAUACCGCGCGCCUCCCAGUACACGGGGCGGAGUAUUAUAGUUAGAUACGUUGUUUAAAUUACCUUGAUAGAUUUAGUUAGUUUACACUUUAGAUUAGUUCAUUAGUCCACGCUGGUUUUUCCGCUACCAGUUUAUAGUACUAGUUCAUGUUUCUUGUUUUGUGUUUUUGACACAAAGUGUUUUCUGUGACCGCGACUUUGAUUCCUGCCUUGCCCCGUUUAUGCCUGUUUGCCGAUUUCCCGACCCUUUACCUGUCUCGACUACGUUUUUUUGGUUUACGAUUUGAAUUUGUCUGCCUGCCCUAAAAUAAAUACGUCCUUACCUGCACCUGCUUCCGUACUCUACUCCCUUACGUCUCGCGACGUGACAGGAACCAACUGACUAUGAAGGAACAAGUAAUUAUACCUCGUAUCUGUGCAAAUUAAUAUCAGCUGGGUUACUUGAUGGUCUAUAAAAAGGCCAUGAAGAAGGAACAUCUGUGUCAUUCCACUUUAUUUAUGGACAUUAAUGUUAAUAAUGUUAAUACCUAUGUCUGGUAUACAUUUCAUGUAAAUAACCUCAUUGGACAUAUAUUUACUGAGAAAAAUGUUGAUGAUCCAAUACUUAUUUCCUCCACCGUACAUCAUAAGCUACAAACGGUUAAAUAUAAAUAAAAAAUAAACAGAAAUAACGUGACAAUCGCACUGCCUCUGUCCCUUCUUAUUGGUUAUAACUGAAGGACUUCACAUUUGGUUGUGUGACUGUAAGUCAUUCCCUUCAAGUGCUAUCGAAGUUAGAAACAUGUAUACCGAUGUAGUAUGUAACUUUAGAGACGGUCGCUUAAUAUCCGCGAAUAUCGCAAGUCCAAUGGUCAAGCCAACUUUAUGCCAGUAUAAUCCCAAAAAUGAGGAAACAGAACCAGCCCUAGCAAGAGACGGAUAUUAACUUGAAUAGCUUCAAUAAUUAGAAGAAACUUACAUGUAGUUUUAAAAUGGGAAAUCUCAGUGAUGAGGGCCGAAUUUAGGCAACAGUGCUAGUUUGGUAAACCAUUUUCAUGCUUCCAGUUAAGCAUGAGCAGUGCAAACACACACACAAAAUAAAGCUAACUAUGAGCCAGUUUUAC